AUGGGUUACGUGGCCUGGUUGGGGAAUAUUGAUGAAGAAGAGAGUGUUAUGACUACAUUACUAAGAAAAGCAGGAAAAAAAUCUUGUUUUCUGCCAAUAGGUGCCAUCCUUUACGUGAAAACAAAUGUGCCGCAAAGUUUAAUGGUCGGUGAAACGGUUAAUAACAUCUUUGGUCGUACAAUGAAUCCAUACAAUCGACUUCUUUCUUGCGGUGGUUCAAGCGGUGGGGAGGGUGCUCUAAUUGCUCUUCAUGGUAGUCCGAUAGGUAUUGGUACUGACAUAGGUGGUUCGAUUCGUAUACCAGCUGCGUUCAAUGGUCUCUGGGGUAUUCGACCAAGCCAUGGACGAAUGCCGUAUGCUGGAGCAAGGAAUAGCAUGGAAGGGCAAGAAACAGUACAUUCUGUCUGUGGACCCAUUGCUCACACAGCAGAAGAUUUGGCUUACUUUAUGAAAGCUAUCUUGGAACAAGAACCAUGGAAUUAUGAUCCGAAAGUAAUCGAGAUGCCAUGGAGAGAGGCGAAAUACAAUGAAGGCAGGGCAGGAAAAAAGAUAUUUGGCGUGACGACGGUCAAUGGAAAUAUUAAAACAUCGAGAGAAAUUUUCGAUCUAGAGGUAUCACGUGAUCUUUCAUCAUAG